AGAACGCAGAGGCACAGAUCAGAGCGCAUUUGGAGGAAAGAGACCGCCAGUGACCUGGAUCUGCCUCUGCAUCGCACUAUUCAUCCAUCCACAAACUUCCUCCUACUCUGCGGUGCCCUCUCCGUGCUCGUCCCACAUCCAGGAAGCAUCUGCGUCCGCCAUAUUGAGGAGACCUGUCCGAAUGGGGAUCUUGGCCCGCACUCUUCCUCUGGUGUCGGCCAUGCCUGCUCUCGUCGGUGCCGAAGGAGACCUCAGGGAUGGGGGAGGGGGCGGUGACGGCACACCGUCCGGCGCCAUGGUUGCUGGCAUCGUCUUGGGGUGCCUCGGCUUCGUCUGCCUGGUCUAUUGCCUCAUCGUGGCCGUCCGCCUCAUGCGCCAGUGCAGGCGGCACAGGCGCAUCAAGCCCACAUCGACAGCCACGCCCCCUCCCUCUGGCGUGUGGCUGGGCGCCUGCUUGGAGAACGACGAGGGCGGGACGACCAAAUACCUGCUCACAUUCGAGCAUGACGGCACCGUGAGCGGCGAGGGAAGCGGCACCGACGGAGCUUUCAAGGUGAAAGGCUUCUACAACGCGGCCAACGGGCGUCUGUCGUGGGGAGAGAAGGGCAUCAACAGCAACAGACGCUAUGUGGACGUGACGGGUGGCUUCGAUGCAACCACGUGGCAGUCCAUCAGCGGUGUAGCGACUCCUGCCAGUCGGGUGUGGGACGUGUUGGCCCAGUGUUGCCCGUGCUGCUGCUGCUCAUGCGAGGUGGACACCGAAGGUCUCGGUGUGGGCGUCACGAGCAUCACAUUAGGCGGCGGCGGCCUCUUCGAUUUCUUCGGCCUCUUCGAUUUUUUCCAGCAAGGCAGCUGGCAGUGCGCUCCUGGCCGAUACUCUGUCACCAUCCGCUUCCACGAGGCUGUGGCCUCCCUUGCCCCCAAGACCAAGCCACCCGCCACAUUGGUGAAUGUCGUGCAGAUGCAGCCAAUCACGACGGGCGGAGGUCGGGACAAGCCGGCGAUUCAGCCAGUGACUUGUUCCGAUACGCCCGCGGUGGUUUUGACAAACUGUGCGGCCUAGUUGGCGGCUGUACGUAUUGUUAUGUGGGUGUAUGUAUUUAGGUACGGUGGGUGUAGAGAGAGCGAGCCAAUGGGGAGGGAAAGGACGGAACGACGGGGGGGAGCAAGAAUUAAUUUAUGUGCGGAUGGAUGGGUGGAUGUGUGCAUAAGUGUCUGUGGAUGUGCACGCGCGCGUGUGUGUGUGUGUGUGUGUGAUGCUUGUCUGUGCCAUUCUUGUCCUGACAAGCAUGUUUAUUGUAGGUGGAGGCAGUCAUUUGAUAAUUGAGCCGAUCCAAAUGGCUCAAAUGACGUGUUCAAGGUGCGUGGGUGGGCUCAUCCGUCGAUGCGCAUCGGGCUGCUACGCACCACGUCAUGUCAGUCACAUUGUGUGUUGCGUUGUUCAUGGUACGCACCUACAUGGUGGGUGUAUUGUAAGCGCCUUAUUUAUUUAUUUGCUGUCACUGCUGUCAUUCGUUGAUCGUUCAUUUCAUCCAUGUGUGUGUCUUGAGUGAUAGAUAAGGUGUGCUAAGAUAUGAACCGUGUAGAGCGAGAGAGAGUGUGCGCACAAGGUGACCUACAG